ACAACCCUGUAGUACAGGAUAAGCGGAAUUGAAAAUGGAUGAAUGAGUGGAUGGAUUUAAAAAAAAAAAAGCCACCAAGACAGAGUUGGCACUGUCCCUUUAAGUGUUCAGAAUGUCACUGAUUGGCCUGAUGUUUAAGUGCAUUUAGGUUCUUUUGCUGCGGGCGCGGAUGCUUUAGUGGGGGUCCAGAUCAGUAGCCUGACCACAGUCACAUACACACAGACACUCCAAGAAGAGACAACAUGAGCACAGUUUCAGAAUCUUUGGUUGGAAGUAGCAGAUCCCUGUCUGCAGCCAAGAGACACAAGAGUGUCAGGAAGAAUUCCAGGAGAAUUUAUUCAGCCUACCAGGAUCACGACCAGGGUUCCUCUGAUGAAGAAGACAAAGUGGAUGAACGGGUGGACAGUGAUGAUCCGGAGGAGAUGUUCCAGAACAUUCAGUACCAGAAGGAGAUUAUCGCCAACAUUCGGACAAGACCCUGGCCAAUGAGACGCAAGCUCAAAGUCUUGAAACACGCCAGAGAGAUCGUACUGAAGUAUGAGGGACGUCUAACAAGAACCAGAGGCUAUCAAACAGCAGGAGCUGAUAUGCUGAAGAAAAUGUCUCGCAUGCUUUAUAACAUUGUGGUUGUGUUCAUUCCCUGGGAAGUGAGGAUUAAGAAAAUUGAAAGUCAUUUUGGGUCGGGUGUCGCCUCCUACUUCAUCUUCCUUCGCUGGUUAUUUGGGAUCAACAUUGUCCUCACCAUUAUGACUGGAGCAUUCAUCGUGUUACCAGAGCUGCUUGCUGGAGCCCCGUUUGGAACCACGAGGAGUAAAACUAUUCCCAAGGAACACCUGGCUUCUGCUCAGGACCUGGACACCAUCUGGUCCCUUGGGGGUUACCUGCAGUACUCUGUGUUAUUUUAUGGCUAUUAUGGAAGGGUGAGGAAAAUCGGCAGUGCAGGAUACCGGUUGCCCCUUGCCUACUUCUUGGUUGGAAUGGCUGUCUUUGCCUACAGUUUCAUCAUUCUAUUAAGAAAAAUGGCCAAGAAUUCCCGACUAAGUCUAGCCAGUGCUUCUGAUGAAAACUUCACAUUCUGCUGGAGGGUAUUUUGUGCUUGGGAUUACUUGAUUGGAAAUCCAGAGGCUGCAGAGAGCAAAGGAGCAGCAAUAGUCAACAACAUCAGGGAAGCCAUUGUUGAAGAACAGGAAAAGAAGAAAGACACCAGUCUGGCUGUUUUGAUCAGUCUGCGUUUGUUAGCCAAUAUCCUGGUGCUGAUGUCUCUCGCUGGCAGCAUCUACAUCAUCUACUUUGUGGUGGACCGUUCUCAGAAAUUGGAGCAGGAGAAACCGGAGCUGACGCUGUGGGAAAAGAAUGAGGUGAGUGUCGUCGUUUCUCUCAUCACUAUGAUCGCUCCAUCUGCCUUUGAACUGGUAGCUCAGUUAGAGAUGUAUCAUCCAAGAACAUCACUGCGUUUCCAGCUGGCCAGAGUGCUUGUUUUAUAUCUGGGAAAUCUCUACAGUCUUAUUAUUGCCCUCCUCGAUAAGGUCAACAGUAUGAGCUCGACAAUUCCAGUGAGUCCAGCAAACUGGUCUGACACCAGCUCCUAUUUGGCAACUAUCGCACAGCCUGCUGCGUCCAGCCUGUCCACCCUGGUUUCUGAGAUCUCACAUCGCAACAGCACCAUAACCACAACUGCCACACCGCUGGAUGUGACCAACAGAAGCAGGGGCAGCUCUGAUACCUUCUCCAACCAGACAGCUCAAUUUGAUAAGAACACUCGCUCUCCACAGGACCAGUGCUGGGAAACCUACGUUGGGCAGGAAAUGCUGAAGCUGUCCAUCAUCGACAUGAUCUUUACAGUGGCCAGCAUCCUGCUCAUUGAUUUCAUCAGAGGCUUGGUCGUUCGUUACCUCAGUGACUGCUGCUGUUGGGAUUUGGAGAGCAAGUUUCCUGAAUAUGGGGAAUUCAAAAUAGCAGAGAAUGUCCUGCACUUAAUUUAUAACCAAGGGAUGAUCUGGAUGGGAGCUUUUUUCUCCCCUUGUCUUCCUGCCUUUAAUGUGUUGAAGCUGAUUGGUCUCAUGUAUCUUCGGAGCUGGGCAGUCCUCACCUGUAAUGUUCCCCAUCAGCAGGUCUUCAAAGCAUCCAGAUCAAAUAAUUUCUACUUGGCGAUGCUGCUUUUUAUGCUCUUUCUGUGUAUGCUGCCAACCAUAUUUGCCAUUGUAAGAUACCGACCAUCGCAGCACUGUGGACCAUUUAGCGGUCAAGAGAAAAUCUAUGACAUCAUAUCGGAAACAGUGGCCAGUGACUUUCCCCUGUGGUUCAGUAAAGUGAUGAGUUACGUCACCAGCCCUGUUGUCGUGUUACCGGCACUGCUGCUUCUGUUCAUGCUGAUAUACUAUCUCCAGGCCAUUGCCAGAUCUUUAAAAUUCACCAACAACCAGCUGAUGAUGCAGCUCCAGACAGAGCGCACAGACGAUAAAAAGAAAGUCUUCCAAAUGGCUGCAGCAAGACUUCAGGCUCCAGGGGAGGAAGUUGUGGAACAAAAGUCUGAUGAACAUGAGAGUGACAUCACAAGCCAGGAUCCCUCCAUCCAAACUCCCUCCCCGCAACGGAACGGCAGCGUCACAAACCUCCAUACUCCUGGGCAGCGUAGUAACAGCAUUCGUACAAUUACUCAGUCUGCAUCUCGGGGAGAGCUGAACAGAGCUGUGGCUGGAUCCUCAAGAAGUCCUGCCGCAAUCCCCAAACAGAGGCUGGAGCAAGUACCUAACAGGCACACACCAUCCCUUGGAGGCCCAAGCGGUUCCUGUCGCUCUAAGUCUUACUACCACAAGGUGUGCAAUCAUCAAGCCAGCUAUUCUGACAACAUUCAAUCUGACCCCCUGUACAGGAAGACCUUACGCGCUAUACAUCCUGUUGAGCCGGCCGGGAUCAUUACUGCCCACAGUUAUGGGGGUCGUCAUGGUCAUGCCACCCGCUACGUCAUUGUCAAUGAACAUGAACCUAGGAAGAAGCUGCUUCGCUCGGCCACACGUAUACCACGCCAUUACUUAAUGGAGGAGGAGCCAGCAGAGAUCCUAGAGCUCUACCCAUGCAACAUCAAGCGCUACACUCCUCGCACACCACAUCAACAACCACACCCCCACAGAUCUCACCUGUCCCAACAGAAUUUGAAUGAAGAUGAGGAGAAAGAGGGGAAACGCAGGAGAAGGGUAUUGUUAGAGAAGGCUUAUCGACCCUGUUCUCUAUCUGACCUCCACCAGCCAGCACACUUCUACAUUGGUGACAGAGUAGAGAGCCACAUGUCUGUAGCAAAAGACAUCCACGUAGGUAGAGGGCGGUACAGAUCCCAGGAAGAGGAUGAGGAGGAGGAAGGAGAUAUCAGAUGGAGAGGUUUAAAGUCACACUCCCGGUCCCAGGACAGUGUAAGAGGAGCAGAACCUCAACUGGUCCGAACCAGGCGCCACCUGAAUUCUCCAGGAAGAAAUUGGCAAUCCCCAACUAGGAGCAGGCAAAUCAAAUCAAAGACAGGACCAAAUUUGGAGCAGCCUCUGACUGAAUCUGACUCCGCUUCCCUGGCCUCAAGCAGUGAUCAGCAGAACAGCGGGACAGACCAGUACAUUCAGGUCAUCCACAACAAGGAGCGUUAUCUCAAGUCUGAUACAAGGCAAGGAAAAUUAUCCAAAAAGAGGUUCAAAGAAACCUUGGAUUUGGAUUCCCUUGAGGCAAAUGACCUGGUUUGUUCCAAUGUGUGAUAUUUUGAAACAUGUACCGGUGUAACAUUACCAAAUGAGCAAAUGUAUAGCUUAAGCCAAGACGAAUGUGAUUUUUUCUUUUCUUCCUCCUGUGGUCAUCAUGUAUCAUUAACGCAUUAGUGCAACAUUGUGUGAUGGCAAUAAAAGCUAACGCUGUCCCAA